AGUCAAAGUCAAAUAUCCGUCUCUCGUAGUUUCCAAUACCCAGGAGAGGAAGCUGAUGCUUUUCAUGUACGUUCCACUUACGCACGGCUGGAAAAGGAAGGUGUCCAUGGAGACGGUUGGGAUGCAGGUGUUGAAAGAACUCGCGGUGGUCCAUCGACGGGGAAGAGAGCUACAAUGUUCGUCGCCACUAAAGGAAUGGAUAUAGGGGAGAAUGAGCGAGAGUUCUUGGCCUCUCUAGACCGAUACGGUUUCAUCAACGAGCCAUUAAGGAAUCGAUCAGAAACUCGACUCGCUCUCAUCCCAUCGGGUCCACUCCGCCGUGUACCCAAACUCCCUCUCAUAUCACCCUUGGCAGGAAAACCUCCACCUUCUCAAACCCACAUGGACAUCAUGUCGGGUGGAGGAGCCGACUCUCCUCGUGCACCUGAAACACCGAGGAGUAUACCAGGAGAGGAUGAACGACAUCGUAAGAAAGAACAAGAGAGAGUGGAGAAAUGGAUGAAGAUGAUGAUCGUGAAACGACGAGAAGGGGGGAAUGCAGUGGAAUGGGGUUGGAGAGGAGAAGCUGAGACGAAGGUUCGUCUACUCACUGACCACAAGCUCCUCACAAGAGUGUAUAAAGGUAUUCCGGAUCGAUGGCGAAUGGCAGCUUGGUGGACUUUAUCAGAAGAUACCGUCCGAUCACAAGAGCAACAGGGUCAAAAGAAACAUAAAUCCAUCGAGGAACUCUCCAAUGAUUACUUGACUCGACUGGAUCUUCCUUCCUCUCAUGACGUCCAAAUAGAUCUAGACGUUCCUAGGACGAUCUCCGGACAUACUUUGUUCGUCACUCGUUAUGGUUCUGGUCAACGGUCGUUGUUUCACGUUUUACACGCAUUUUCAUUGAAUUGCGAUGUAUGUGGGUAUUGUCAGGGUAUGGGACCAUUAGCAGCUACAUUGUUAUGUUAUUUCGAUCCUGAGCGAGCACACGCUCUUAUGGUCAGACUUCAUGACGUAUACGAUAUGCACACCAUCUUCUCUCCCGGGUUUCCCGGCCUGCUCGAGGCGUUUUACGUUCAAGAGAGACUGAUGGAGUAUCUCAUGCCGCAGGUAUAUGAGAAUUUCCGACGACAUAUGAUCUCUUCAUCCGCUUGGGGUACGAAAUGGUAUAUCACUUUAUUUGUCAAUACGAUCCCUUUUGCUCAACAACUUCGACUUUGGGAUGCAUUAUGGUUAGACGGAAGGGAUGUGAUAGUCCUGAUGAGUCUCGCUAUAUUGUGGGCGUUCAAAGACCUCCUCUCAGCUCCAAACGCUUCAUUCGAAUCAAUCCUCUCCCUGCUCUCUUCAUACUUCGUAGCGGAAGACGAUGACGUGCUCAUGCGUUGGAUCCGGAAGAUGAGACAUCAACCAGGUUUGAAACAACGUAUGGAUAGUUGGAGGACGGAAUGGGGUAAGAUGGUACAAGAUGGUACAUCUCGUGAUGCGCUCAUAUGA